ACAUGGAUGUGCAAAUGUUCUGAGAGCAGCCGAGGCAGCCCCAGCAAGUUCCCAGGUCUGCUGGGCGGAGCGAGUGCGCUAGAAGCACUGCUUGGCUGUCUGGGUUGCCCCGUUUUUGUUUUUUUUUAAGAUUUCCUCCUGCUGUUGCUAAUGUUGUUGUUGAUGCAAAGGGAGGUUUAGAGAGCGAGAGAGGACGUCCCGAUUCCCUUGGAGCAAGACCGCCUUGUGUCCGCUGUAACUUCACCCGAGGAUCAGUGAUUUAUUUUUAUUUUUAAUCCACUAAAGCUUGAUUUGGGAUUCCCCCCCACCCUGUUUUUUCUGAAUUAAAAACAAAUUGAGAGAAUAUGGCUCGACCUCUUCCUUUGAACCCAACUUUUCUACCUCCAACCUACGGGGUGCUGAAGUCUUUGCUGGAAAACCCGCUUAAGCUACCGCUGCAUCACGAAGACGCAUUUUGUAAAGAAAAAGACAAAGAAAAAAAGCUGGACGAUGACAAUUCCAAUGGCACUGUCCCACAGUCUGCUUUUCUGGGUCCUACAUUAUGGGACAAGACACUUCCGUAUGAUGGUGACACUUUCCAAUUGGAAUACAUGGACCUGGAAGAGUUUCUCUCCGAGAAUGGCAUUCCGCCCAGCCCAGCCCAGCAUGACCACAGCCCCCAUCAACCAGCAAUCCAGCAGGCUACCUCAGCAACACCUUCUGUCAUGGACCUCAGCAGCAGGGCAUCCACAUCGGUCCAUCCAACCAUGGUAUCUCAAAACUGCAUGCAGAGUCCAGUCCAGCCAGGUCAGAUCCUGCCUGCAAAUCGCAACACACCAAGUCCCAUCGAUCCCGAGACUAUUCAGGUCCCGGUGGGCUAUGAACCUGACCCUGCUGACCUCGCUCUUUCCAGCAUUCCUGGCCAGGAGAUGUUUGACCCUCGCAAGCGCAAGUUCUCCGAGGAAGAGCUCAAGCCGCAGCCAAUGAUUAAGAAAGCCCGCAAAGUCUUCAUUCCAGAAGAUCUGAAGCAGGAUGACAAAUACUGGGCAAGACGCAGAAAGAACAACAUGGCUGCCAAGCGAUCUAGAGAUGCCCGGAGGCUGAAGGAGAACCAGAUUGCCAUCCGCGCCUCGUUCCUCGAGAAGGAGAACUCAGCUCUGCGCCAGGAGGUGGCCGAGCUACGGAAAGAGCUGGGCAAAUGCAAGAAUGUGCUGGCCAAGUAUGAAGCCCGGCACGGCCCCCUGUAAAUGGCAUUUUUUUUUCUCCCUUUCUCCCCCCCCCCUUCUCUUUUUGUGGAUUGGCAUUUGAAUGGACAGUGUGUUUCCUGUUUGAUAGCACCACACCCACCAACUUUUUCAGUCAUCAGCACUUUACUGGAAAGCAGAAACAUAAGCGUGUGUGCGCGUACGCCGUGUGUGUAAGCGCACACGCAGGUGUGUCUGUCUGUGUGUGCAUAGGCACCUCGGCACUUCCCAUCUUUAUGAAACCCUCAAUUCAGAGUGACUUAUUUUAACUUGGAUUGCUGAGGCCUCCCAUAGUAAGCUUUUUAUUAAAUAUAUGUAUAUGUAUGUGUAUAUAUAUAUGGAUGGGUGGGUGUGUAUAUGUGUGUGUGUGUGGGUGUGUGUGUGUGUGUGUGUAUGUAUGUGUGUAUAUAUAUAUAUAUAUAUAUAUACAUACACCCAGUGCUGCUUCAAACUUGGUAUUUUUAUCUUAUCCUUAAUCAUCCAAUCAUCCUCUUGAUUUAAUCUGGAGAAAGAAAAAGAAAACAUCCCAGUAGAAAUAGAGGAGAAACAAGGACAAAUAUAGAAGGUAGAUCUCUUUUCAAGCUGUUGUUUAAGUACGCUAAAUCAGAAAAAAAUACUUGCUAAUAAAAUGCACAAAUGAAUAUUUUAGUGCUACAUUGCAGAAAUAUUAAUUUAUAGAUUUGCUGCUUUUGUUACUGUGUUUUAAAGUUUUGAUGAAUAUAUCUUCAGAUUCACACUGCUGUUGAUAGCUCUCCUCCUGGUAGAUCUUGUAAGGAAGUUAAGUUUUCUUUUAAUUGCCAUAUAACCCUAAAUAGAUAGAUGGAAAAUAGAUCACAGAGCAAUGGGGUAUUCUGCACGGCCCAAACCGAAGCACUAAUUCUGUUGUACACUGGUGCAUGUUCACCUACAAUAAGAUAACAUUUUACUGUUGUGAACAGAAAUGGUAAAGACUCACAGAUAGGCUGCUACAAGAAUCUGAGAAGCAGAAAGGCAGAAGCCUAGAUCCAGAGAUCCUUGGUGUGAUGCAGGAGCAUUCUGCAUGCAGAAGGCCAACCCAAGGUUUUUGCAGGGUUUUAUCACAUGCCAAACAACAUUAACAAUAGCACAUUACAUGAUCAAGGGUUGAUCAGGUUGCUACUUGCUUAAUUUCAUUUUUUAAUGCCUGCCACGUCUUUUACGCUUUGUUACCACUGUGUCUGCCAUGGGUGGCUGGUAGAGAAGAUUCAAAGGCUUUUGGUCACGUCUCUCAGAAAGCAAGGGAUAGUGACCUGGCCCAUAAGCUGCUUGUUAGACUGCCUGAGUGCACAGCGCCUCCAAAAGUGCAGACCACACUGCUCUCUCCAAGGCUUAGACUGCUGUUCCUGGAAUGCAGGCAGCACAAGAGGUGGUCUGGUUUUGCCCUUGUGGCUGGGCCAACCCUAUGUGCAUGUGCACGCACACACACACACACACACACACACUGCUCCGUGUGCGGAUUGUUUGCUCUGCCAGAUAAAUGACUGGCCUAGACACUUCUGGCACACAAAUCCCUUGUUAGUGGGGAGGGGAAAAAGGUGGUGUCUUGAUUUUGUCCCUCCCCCAGCCAUUCCUCAGAGAGGUUAUUGGCAAUGUCAGUUAUGGCCCAGGGGUGUUCCAGGAGCGCACCAAUGGCUUGUGCUAGAUUGGGGUGAGAGUGUGUGCGUGGAAGAGUCAGGGUAGUUAAUGGACAAGAGAACAAAAUUAAAACUUCAAAUAACCACUGACUUUGGAGUUUGGUGGGGGGUUUGAUUUCAUUUGACGUUUGCAUUUCUCCAAGUCCAGUUUUUGUUCAAUUCAACUUUUUACGUUCACUGUUGCUGUAAUAUAUUUUCUGUGGACUUCUCCUUUGCUGUUUUUCCAGAUUGUUUUGGCUGAGUUAAGUUACUUGUUACAAAUCCCACUUUUCCUUGAGAUGUUUUGAUUGUACAUGAGCUGAUAAUUCUCAAAUUUUCUGUUCUUUUUUCCUUUUUUAGCUUUGAUUUGCUUUCUAAACUUGUGUUUCUAAACUUCUAUUAUAGAGUGAACUUUAUGGAGAAAAAAUAAUGAAUGUAAGAGUAUAUAUAUUGAAAGGUGAUGGUGUUGUCGUACUGUGGUUAAUCCAAUCCAUUUAAAUGUUUUCUGAAGACCAAAAGAAACAGAUUAUUAUAAAAUGUAUAAAGUUUAUACAGAAUCAUUAGAGUGUGCUUUUUUUGUACAGUAUUUUUCAAGGACUGUGUAUUUUGGAAGAGACAGAGUGAUAUAUACCAUAGCAAAGGGGAUAAAAAUAAAAUAUAUUCCACAUUUAAAGAUAGAGCAAAGUUAUAUCUCUUUUAUAUAUUAAUUGGUAUUGUACAGAGAGGAAAUGCUUCUAGGGCUUUUAAAAAAUAUUUUCUAUUUUAUGUUUUCCACUGACACAUCAGCAUGGUUUGUGCUUUACAUUAAGGACACAAGUCAUCCUUACACAGGUGCAGCUGCCCACGCACAGGGGAAUUGCCUAGGGCUCAAUAGGAUGCCAUUUCCCCCCUUCCUUCCUGUCUUUGACAUGCCUCUAUACCCAGUAUGUACUUGGAAGUUGGGAGACUUCCACCUGGGCAAGAAGGAGGCCUGGAUGGAGACAAGCACAUACCUCCCAUUGCUAUAGUGCCAGGGCGCACCUCAAUGCAUGUGCACUGAGAAGAAGGGGAGGGGAACAGGCCUAUACAAUUUCUCCACGUACAUCCUCACAUUCCUGUGUGAGGAUGGGUUGUGCCCUGAUGAAAGUAAAAUGAUUUGCCAGAGUCCUUCAUAUUUCAAAUCAAUUAAAAAAAAAAAAUCUCUUUCCCGUUAUAUAUAUAUAUUUAAAAGAGUACAAUGAAUUAAUUUUGGCACAAACAAAGCACAACAUAUGCUGUAUUGUUGAUCCCAGGGCUUGUCACAAGAAUAUAUUUAGGAUGGUGCAGUAUUUUGUAAAAGCUGUUAUCUACCUGUAGUGUACAUUACAAUAUUCUCUCAUGCCUCAGAUUUGCUGCUAGGGCAAGAAUUGGUCUCCACCAUGAGGAAUAUCCUUGCUCUUUUAUGUAUAUACGCCAUAAAGUAAUGGUUCUUGCAGAGUGACUUUAUGGAGACCGUGGCAGGGGAGUCUGAGUUCCCUCCUAAUGGGUGUCUCAGCUGACUUAGAAGACUGAGUGCCUAUACAUCCAUGCAAUAUAGCAGGUAGCACACUCUAUCCUUUGGAAAUAAUUCUGAAGACGUUAGGGACACUCCCCCAAUUAUGCAGAGUAAACCUGCGUUGGCCACCAGGGAUUUGCUCAACAGGGAAAUGCAGCUAAGCACAGCUCCCCGAGAAGUAAACUUGGCCAACAGUUUUAGGGGUAACCUGAACAGGUGUACACCUAAAACAUGUAGUCCUUGAAAUCAACUAACUGCUCAAGGUGCAGCUGCCUUUUUCUAAACUGGGCCCCUUUUGGGCCAGGGUUACCCAUAUGGUAUCUCCCUCUCUCUCUCCCAUAUUCCCUUCAUGCUAGAGUCUCUUGCAGUCCCUGCUCCUUCCAUUUUCCCUGCCUAUUCUCACUCUGUCCCCAAGUUGAGAACAAAGCUGGGCACAGCCAGGUGAACUCCUUGUGCUAGAUUUGCCUUAGUUACACUUGAGCAGGCUUGAACAGUUGCUUUCUUGGCCUGGGGAGGCUAUCUAUAAGAAUGCUUUAAAAAACACACACACACGCACACACACACAGACAGAAUAGGCACAAAGUAUUUGCACAUCAGGAAAUUAUGGUGCUACAUAUUCUCUAUUGCAGCCUUUUAAGUGAUUAUUAUUAUUAUUUCUUUCAAAGAAAAUUCUUUCCCAUUCCAUAAGAUCAUUUUUAUCUGAAGGCGUCAUAAACCAUAUUGUUUCUCGCUAUCACAAGCCUCUUCCAGAGGAGGUUUGCCUCUUUGAAAAUGUUUCCAGAAUGUCCUGGUUCUUUUAGUAGAAGUAGAUUUUUGUGGACCAUGAUUUCAGUGGGUUAAAUAUGUUGCAGCUAUUUAGAAUGUACACUGUUUUUUACUGGCCAGUAAAAACAAGUUUGGAAGUAUAUACAUAGUAUUUUAAUCAUAAUUAAAUCUUUGGGAUAGGCAUUUGAUAUAAAGAUUUCUACUGACUCUAAAACCAAAGUAAUGGGCACCACCCAACCAACGUUAAGCACAAUUAAGCCCCACCGAUUCCAGUGGGUGUGCUUAACUUCCUCCUGCUAACAUCAAUGGGACUUAAAAGGGCUUAACUUUGGCUAGAUCAUGCCCAGUAUUUUCAGAAAAAUUUGGGGCGGGGCGGUAGCAGCAGUUGUGGGCAUGUUUUUAGUUAGCAGCAAAAGUGGCAUGUUUGGAAUUUUUAUGCCACAUCUACAUGGCUGAAUGAAAUCACAGUUGUAGUCUGUUUUUGGACUACAACUCCCAUAAUCCCCAGCCACAGUGACGAAUAGUCAGGGAAGAUGGAGUUGUAGGCCAGCAGAGUUAAAGGUGUGCAGCUCUGGUCUAAAGUCUAAGACGGGUGUUCGAAGUCUCUCUGCUGUUAUUGACUGACAUGCUGCACAGCCUUAUGAGGGCAGAACAGGAGCUCCAUUCUCACAAGGAGCAACUUAACUAUCAAUGCACAAGACUUGUUUCACAGUGCUGGGUGGGUGGUGAGGGAAGUGAUUUUUGCUUUUCUCCCUCCCCGCAAAAGCCCUUUUCACAUGACCCUCAUGGACAUAUUGCUGGAUGCAAAAAUGGCUUUGUGGGGAGGGGCGAGAAUUAAAAUUUUCUCCCUGCUUCUGCCUGCUCAGCAUUGCAAAGCACACCUUGUGUGCUGUUAGUUAAGCCGUUCCUUGUGAGGACAAAGCUCUUGUUCUGCCCAUGUAAGACUGAGCAGUCACUGUCAUUCAGAAUGGGAGUAAAGGGUUUUGGGAUUACAGCCAUAAGCAAUAAUCUCAAUUUAUCUACCCUGAAAACAGUCCUGCCAACUUUUUCAAAAUGAUUCAGAAAGUCAUUAAGUGGGAUUGUGGUAAAUUGUGAUUGCUUCACUGCUUGACCAAGCACAAUCUGAAUUUCAGGGGCAUGUGACUUUUUUCUUCAUCUUUAAUUGGUAACUUCAAUUAUUUGAAGUCAUUCCAUUAUUCAGUCCUUACGAUAGGUCUGCAAGUCCCUUGGCAGACAUCAAGAUCUACCACAAACUUUAUGGUACAGGACACAGUGGCUGAAAUACUGUGGAUGUUUCCUGUGGAUUUUUCCAGCACCGCAAGAACUGCUUAAUAUUUGUAGCGUAUGUGCAAUCCUGGAAAUUGCCGAAACAGAGUUGCGUGAUCAUCUGGCCAUCAGAAAAAAUGGCUGGACCAUCAUGCAACUGCAUUUGCAGUUUCCAGCAGUUGCAGAACUGCUACAAGCACACAGCAACUCCCAUGGUCUCGGAAAUGUCUGCAGGACACUGCACAAUAUGUUAGCCAGUGCCAUCUAAAAGAGAAGCUAGAUAUUCUUAAAAGCCAUACUUUUUUGUUAUGGUUCCAGGUAAUUUUUUUAAUGGUUGAGACAGAUCACCCAAUGUUGAGUUAAUAUAAUGCAAAUUAUACAAUUUUUCUGUGAGAGGUGAAUGGGAGUGAAGUAUAACAUCUGCUUCCAUUGAAAAUUCGGGCCUUGUGGAGCAAUCGCAUGAUCUCUUAACCGCAAGUCCACGCCCAGUCCACAAACCCAUGCAACAAAUUUUAGUCUGCAUUAAGGAUCAUGUUUUGGUCCCUCUGCUUGGCCUGCUUGCUUAUUUGAUUUCACACUGGACCUUCAAAGCCAGUCACUGGCAAGUUUUUUUUUUUAAGGAAAAAGAAAACAGAUCAUGUCAAACGUUAAAACUAGUCAGGAAAGCCACAACUGCUUAUGAAAUGCAUUCUGGAUGGGAUAGGACAAAACUACUCACAGAGACCUGAUGUAAUGCCACAAGAGUGGCUCCACUCCUCCGGGAGUAAGGAAGUUCAAGCUGAAAUCGGAGUUCUGGCAAGUGCCUGCACAUCAUAGUAUGUAGCAGAGAUACUGGUGGGAGGGUCCAUCUAAAGACAAAUCCCUUUUGGAAUCACUUACACUCGCAAUGAGCAUUUCCAGAUGGCCAAAUUUGUGGGGAGGAAGAUUGCAGGAUCCGUCUUCCUGUAUUUCCUCCUUUCUCCUGAGAAGAGAAGAAGCUUGACUAGGGCUAAAUGGCUGUUUUACCUAGUGGUUGUUAGUGGUCUGGUUUUGGCCCAUUACCAUCAAUUGCCUGCCACUGCUGUACACAGCAAUCACACAGCAUUCCCUGUGAGUGAUGUGAGAGUUAAUACAUGAAACUUCGCCUUUUCGCUGAAUUAACUUCUCCUCUGUGGGGUUCUUAGCAUGGGAAAUUAUUUGUGUGUAUGGGUAUGCAUGAGCACUUUGUGAAAAGAAAGUAUGAGGUCUGGGUAUUUUACUUUAAUUUGGAAAAAUAUUCAAAAUACCAUCUCCCCCCCCCCAGGUGAUCAACCAUUGUAUUUCUGGCAACACCACAAGGCAGCAUCUGUUAAUAAGAGUUUUAACAAAUAAGAUCAAAUUUAAUGUAUGUCAUGAAAUGGAUUUUGUUCUGUAUGCUUUGCAGCCCGAUUCUUUCUGUCUGUUAUUCUUUGAUGUUUAAUAAAAACCUUUAAAUUUU